CAGUGCAGUGGAUUAGGCAGCAUGAUGAAGGGUGUGUGUGGAAUAUUCGUCAUCCUUUUCUCCACUGCUGUGUGGGCAAAAAAGAUGCGCUGGUGUAUAGUGUCAGAGCCAGAGCGAAGGAAAUGUGCAGACCUGGCUAAAGUACUAGGAGCUGCUUUUCCUCCUGCAGCCACAAUGUACAGCCAGCUGUCUUGUGUGAGAGCCUCCAGCACUGUCGACUGCCUCAGUAAGAUACGGGACAAUAAAGCUGACCUUGUGAGUCUGGAUGCUGGAGAGGUUUACUCUGCAGUAAAGCAGUUUGGUCUUGCAGCAGUCGCCAAAGAGGUCUACAGUGAUGGUACCUGUAUCCUGGCAGUGGCAGUAGUGAGAGAAACAAGCUUGAUAGACAUCCAUUCUCUUAAGGGAACUACGAGCUGUCACAGUGGAGCUCGCUGGACUUCAGGCUGGAAUUUGCCUUUAGGGCAGCUGCUUUUCCACAACCUACUGCCCUGGGCUGAAGGACAGCCCCUCACUCAAGCUGUCAGUGCCUUCUUCAAUGCCAGCUGUGUGCCUGGAGCUGGUACCAUGCCAUUCAACAACCUGUGCUCCAAGUGCCAGGGUCAGAGGUCAUACAUCUCACAGAGGAACUUUUACUGCGAGACAUCCCAUAAUGAACCAUUCUAUCAUAACCAAGGGGCACUCAGAUGCCUGAAGUCUGGAGCAGGAGAUGUGGCCUUUGUGGAUCAUACAGCCCUGGACAGUAUAGAUGACAGCGUGAAGGAUGAAUACAGGUUACUGUGUCCAGAUGGCACUCGAGCUCCACUGAGCAGUUUCAGAAAGUGCAAUUUCGGUCAUGGCCCUGGUGGAGCUGUGGUUACACGUAUAAACAACCAAAACCUUGCUCGCAAGUUCCUGUCAGCAAUUCAGACAGCGUUUGGCUGGAAGGGAAGAGAGAAUCAUCGUUUCCAGCUUUUUGAUUCAUCGGCUUAUGGUGUUGGUGAUUUGCUGUUCAGAGACGUCACUGAUAAACUGUCCAUAUUGCAACAAGGCAAAGACAUUACUCAGGUUCUGGGCCUGGACUAUGUUGCUUUGCUCAAGGGGUUAAGACAUGAAGGUAGCUCUCUGGAGGACAGUGUGGUGAGAUGGUGCUGCAUAAGUCAUGCUGAACAGGAGAAAUGUGAGCAGUGGGCUCUUAGCAUAAAGUCCGAUCCUCUUGUAUGUGUGAGCGCUUCAUCUAUGACUGACUGCAUUGAGAAGAUCAAGAGAGAUAAAGUGGAUGCUGUGUCCCUGGAUGCUACUCAUGCCUUUAUAGCAGGGAAAUGUGGCCUUGUGCCUGUAGUGACUGAAUAUUAUGGGACAAAGUGUGAAUUCACUGGCGGAGAACCUUUAGAGGCUAAAGACUUGUUAUCAGUAUACGGUGUGGCAGUGGCACGACAUUCCAGUAAAAGCGUGUAUGUUGGGAAUCUCGGAGGCCGACGCUCCUGCCAUGGUCAUAUGUACAGUCCUGCCGGCUGGGUUCUACCUGUCCAACACUCACUGAACUCAAAGCAUAACAACAGCGUCCUCUGUGAUCCAAACAAAGUGUACUCUGAGGUGUUUUGGAAGGGCUGUAUGCCAGGCGCUGAAGGCAGUCUGUGUAAGGUGUGUGUUGGUGGAACAGAGGAAACUGCCACCAAACGAUGCUCCAACAACCACAAUGAGCGCUACUAUGGAAAUAUGGGAGCUCUGAGGUGUCUGGUUGGCGAUCCCAGUGCAAAAAGCUACGGAGAUGUGGCAUUUAUGGAUCAUCACAACCUAGAGAGCAACAUUGAAUAUCUGAACAGCAGUGGCUGGGCCAAGGGCUGGGUUGCUGGGGAUUUUGAGUUGUUGUGUGCGGAUGGACAACGGGCUUCACUGACUGAGUGGAAGAACUGUAACCUGGGAUCCAUCCCGCCCAACAUUGUUAUGACACGACCUGUAUUGGCUGCUCGUAUCUAUGACUUCCUCAUAAAGUCACAGAAGACACAUCCAGAUUCUGAGUUCCAUCUGUUUGAGUCUCACCAGUAUGGUGAAAGGGAUCUGCUCUUUAAAGAUGCCACACGGUGUCUGGUCCACACUAGUCACAUGGACUAUCGCACCAUACUAGGAGAGGAUUUCUUUUCACAAGUGGAAAGCAUCUUUAACUGCACACAUUCAGAUAUUCUGCAGUUUUGCAACCAAGAUGUGUGUAGCAUUUUCUGAACAACCUGACGACAUCAUAUGGCAUCGGGAGUGUUUCAUUUUAUAAUCUCUACUGCUCAAUAAAUUACUCGGUAAAAUCUUCCUAGUACUGAUGGUGCAUAUUAUGUAAGCAAUAAAACACUUCAGGGCAUGUUGUUAUAUGAAACUAGUUAAUGUUGGAGUGACAUGAUGCAGCCAGACUCAAAGCAGAGGAUUGUUACCAGCCCAAACUGAACUAUUUUCCAGUAACAGCACAUCCUGAAGCGUUUCAUUACUCACAUAAUUUUAUUCAUUACACUAUUGUAUUGCUCUUAACUGCAGUAAGUUGCCAAUGAUUACAAUAUUUAAUUUAUUAAUUAACAUUUUUUAAAACAAUUUCUAGUUUAUGAUGUGGAACAAGAAGACAAAUAAGUUCCUGUUAUCACUAAUGCUAUAACAGAUAUAAACAAUAAUUCCAUCACUAGCUUUGCUUAUUCUCUCUUGAACUUAAUAAGACAAAAUACACAGCAUGUUACUGGGAAACCAGAAGAUGCAAAGUCCUCUGUCCUCAACACUUUCUUUCUUGGAAAACCUGCUGAGUGUUAAAAAGUUACUCCUCCCAUAAAUGUUUAAAAAGCAAGUUGAAUAAAACU